AUGAGCGUAGGGAUGCAUCGGCCUGCCACACCUUCAUUUUACCCUGGUAAUCAACCAUACGCACAUGUCCAAUCACCUGCUAGAACAGGAGAACAAGUUUCUAAAUACAUUAAAAAUAUUACAAUACCAUCGCAAAGACAAGAAGCAGUUCAGUAUUUGAGUAUAAAUAGAGAUACUAUUAAAGGCAUUGGUGUACAAUUAUGGGAAACACCAGCCGUAAUGGUUGCCCUUCUUUCAGAUAUUAUGUCCAUCUACCCAGCUAUAACAUCUGUUGCAACAGUUUUAUCAACAUAUCCAUCGCCACUCUCUAUACAACAUGUUGUUCAUGUUUGCAAUUGCAUUGCUCUUUUACAAAGCGUCGCAUCUGCUUCUCCGGAAGUACGUAAAGGAUUUAUUUCAUCAAAUAUGCCCAUAUAUUUAUUCCCGUUUAUUCAUGCAACAAAUCAGAUCAGAGAGUGCGAAAUGCUUAAACUAGCUUCAUUAGGUGUUAUUAGCUGCUUAGCGCAAUCAGGUGAGUCAGAAUCAAUAGACUAUCUCAUUCAAUACGAAUUCGUACCAUUAUGUUUACGUGUUCUUAAAUUCGGAGACGAAAUCAACAAAAUUGUUGCUUCAUAUAUUAUCGCAAAGGUAUUUUCAGACAAAAAAGGAAUUCAAUUUUUAUGUUGCCAAAACGACCAUCUCGAAACAGCAUUACAUAUUUUGAAUAAGAGCGUUGUAGAUUUAAAUUCACAAUUUUCACCAAGACUUUCAAGAAACGUUUGUAUGGCUUACGAGUCUUUACUUGCAGUUCAAGAUGCACUACCUACUAUUAAGAAAUGUGCUAUUGCUGAAAUUAAAGAUGCUCUAAUCGCUACAGACACAGAUUUCAAACGUCUCUAUACGAGUCUCUUGUCAUUGCAAACGAAGCAUGAAUAA